CAAGUAGUAGCAACAAAGAAAAUCUUUACUCUACUACAAAUACUAGUAAAAAAGAUAUGAGUUCUAACAACUCUAAACAAAAGAAACCAUUAACUAACUCUCCUAACUGGGAAGAACAAGUAAGCCAAAAGCUUGAAAAAGAAAAGACUAACAUAUUCCAAGAAGCAGAAAAAAGCAAGAAUAACGAAAACAAAACAAAUGAUGAAAAAACACAUGAUGCUAUACAAAACAACACUAACGUAACCAAAACAACAAAUACAUAUAUCAAAAUAGCAAAUGAAUCUCAUUCAGAAACAUUAGCAAACACCUGA